AUGCUCUGGCAGACAACAUCGAUCACCGCCCUGCUGGUCGUUGGGGCGCGGGUUGGGAUGAGGAGCGUUGUCGCCGAGAGAGUUGGCCAUAGCAUUCCGCUUCUGGAUCGAAGGGUAGAAGAAGAGGGAUACGCCAGCAUUGGAACACCAAAACAACUGCAAGUAAGGCAAACGACGGAUUUCAUGAGCACCAAUACGCCACUUAGGGCCGAUGGUACGAUUGACUUAGAAGCCUGGGAUCAGGCAGCAAAUACGGCUUGCAGAAACGCACUACGAAAUUUGAAGGAAGCAUCCAACCCUUCUGGCACCUGCGUUUGCUAUAACUUGCCGCUUCUUAAUAACAACACAGGGACAUUCGAGGCAGACUUGAGGCUGUUUCAAUUGAGUGAACCGACAGGAAUCUUUGCUGGCAUCCCGCAGGAUCAAAUCGAGGUCUCUCUUACGUACAACGGCGCAUCCGUCACCGAAGUCAAGCAAACGUCUAAAGCCCAAGACACAGUCUUGCCAGCGGCAGCGCUUUUUGCUCGGCAGGAUGCCAACAAUGAUGACCUUAAGUUGCUUCAGUCAUAUCUCUUCAUUGGCCAAGUCGACCAGGACAAGAUGUCUAACCCAAUGUCAGAAGCACAACUUCAAGCGCUGAUUAUGCCAAUUGUCACACUUAAGGCUGUGGAUGCCAAUGGACAGACCGUCAGCACGAACGUUUCAUCCAACGAAGCUGCCUUCGUCACCGGUGUUUUCUCGCAGCAGACCUUCAUGAGUAACUUCACCAUGGCUCAACUCUCACAGCAAGCCGAUCUCGAAGGACUCAAGAACGGUACCAUUCCGUUUGUUCUGCCGGGAGUACAAAUUCUUCUCUUUCCCAUCGGACUGAUUAUCACGAGUAUUUGGCUUGCAAUCGGGCUAGCUGCAUACGGCUUCGGUACUUACGAGCGGUAUAAGUUCCGGGAGGCCUACCGGCGGCGCAUAGCGAUUGUGGAAAAGGGCGGUGUUCCUCGGCUGUGA